UCGUCUUUAAAUUAUAUUUUUAUCCUGUUUUCUACACUGAAAUGUCAAACUUCCGCUUUGGGGCACACUUUAAUAACAGGAAAGUGCCAAAAUCGAGUUGGCCAGGCAGAGGCUGGCUGUAACCUUGCCUUCAUUUUGGCUACCGAUGGGCAGACAUCUCGUGCUCGCUUGCAAUACGCCUUAGCUCGUGAAGCCGCUCAUGACGCCGAUCUGCCAAUCAUUGAGCUACAGGCUUGCGAAGCCCUGGCUGCUCUGGAACUGUACCGAGGUCGCCAUCAGCGAGCUGCAAGCUAUCUACACGCAGCAAUUACACUAUGUCCUGCCAUUGCCGCUAAGAAAUCACCUCAGAUAAGGCAGGUUCCACAUGCAGAUAAGAACAUUCAGACGAGUUUGUCUAAAGUAUUUGGCUUGGAAAUGGUCCGCAAAGGUAAUGGCCAUUUGAUUCCCCGAUGGCUCAGACCAAAUGGAAUGGAAAUUAGAAUACUAAAGACUAGGACUGCUAUAUUUGCUUUUGGCAAUGAAGCAUUACCGGCCUGGAACAUGCAACAAACACUGGAGCUGGAGAGUUUUGGCAUUAUUAAGGAUCAGGUAUAUACACCUUAG